ACUCCGUUAACGCUGAACUAUAUAAGAGAAACACUUCGUUGUGUAUAACAGCGUCGUUUAGUUUUCCGAGUUAGGGUUUUUUUAUUGCCCUCUCUCUUCUUCCGUCGCCUCCUCCCCUCCUCCGCCUUCUCAAAGAACAAAGAGGGAGAGAGAGAAAAAUAUAAGUAAAAAUAAAUGAAAAACCCGUUCUUGUGAAGAGUGAAUCACUACGAAAUAUAUGUUGUCGCAGGAGGCAGGGCUUCUUAACGUUGUAGAGUAGAUAAGGAAGUCGCUUGCCCUUUUAUGAAUUGCUUGUAAAGUAAAAAAUAAAUGAAGAGGAACAUGUACACGAUGAACAUGUGCAACAUGGAUAUGUACAGCUUCAACACUAACUGCAGUUUUAGGAUUUGCAUAACAAUUUUUAGGAGAGAGUUUCUUUAGGUUUGGUAGAAGAUUAGCCUUCAUAGUCGUUUUUGUGUUAGAAGUUUUGGCUUUAAGCUUGUUGAUAGGGAUUGAUCUAGGUAGAAAUGGAAGCACGGAACGCCAUGGUAUUGGAUAGUAAGCCCGGGUUUCUGCAUGGCAGGAAAAGAAAGCGGGCUGCGCAGCAUACAAAAUAUUUUCCUGGUGCUUCGCAGAUGAUAUUACCACAAUUGCCCAGAUUGAGUUUACCAUCCCAGAAACAUGGCAAGAUGAGGAGAUUAGAGGAUCACAAAGGCAACGUUGUUAGAUGUGAUCGUCCUUCGAAAAGAUCUUUGCUGCUUUGCUAUACAAAUUUUAAGAGAACAGGCAUUCCAAAGCGCAUAAUGUUCUUUGAGAAAGGUGAAUGGACUGAUUUCCCCCAGGAUCUCAUUGCUUCAAUUAGGAAAGAACUCCACACAAAGAAGCCAUUUAUUGAGCUGGAGAAAGAUGGCCAAUCUUUUGUGCUAGAUUUCUUGCAUAUGUUCCGAUUGGAUCAGAAAACUGGCUUGAAACAACCAAUAGCUUGGAUUGAUGAGGCAGAGGGAUGUUUCUUCCCGCAGACUUUUGCUAUAGAGGAUGAGCCAUAUGAGGACUAUGGACAUGAACAUGAGAAUGAUCAUGAAUCCAUGUUCACUGGAUCAUAUGCCCCUCCUGAGAUCAACCUACAUCUUGAAAUUGACAUUAAUGGUGUUAAUCAAUCAAAGUUGAAAGAAUGUAGCGGCGAGUCAAAUUCUUUUGUUAGUAAUGUUAAAAUUGCUCAGAAAUCUGCAUGCAAUUGUGAUGUAGAAGUUGAGGAUAAUUGCAACUGGGAUGUUGAUGCAAAACAAAGCAAAAUUGUUGAGGAUAUUCAACAAGCAAGGUUAAACUUGGUCCCUGAGGAGGAGUUUCUGGAUAUAGAGUUGAAUGAACUGUUGGAUUCUUCAACCGUUGAAAAGAUGUUUCUUAAGGGUAUGAGUCCAUCCAGUGGUGUGGAUAUUAUUGAUGUAAAACCCUGCUCCAGCACUUCAUCAAAGUAUAGGUUAGAGCGCUUCCAGAAGCAGAUAGAGAUUAUGAAGAAGUACCGGGGGAAUGCGAAUGUUAAAUAUACCUGGCUAGCUUGCUCUAAGGCAGCAUUGCCUAGCAUUAGGAUGCAUGGGCUUGCGGAUUGUGGUCUUUCCACAAUUCCACUGAUAUAUGGCACCGGUGUUCAUCUUGCUGCAUCAGAAGUUACUAAUAUCAGUGCAGACUAUUGUGAUGUUGACGAAAAUGGAAUGAAGUACAUGGUAUUAUGUCGUGUAUUACUGGGAAAGAUGGAGCUUCUUCGCCCUGGAAGUGGACAACGUUUCCCUAGCAAUGAGGAUGUAGAUAGUGGAGUGGAUGAUCUUCAGCAUCCAAAAUUCUAUAUUAUAUGGAACAUGAAUAUCAGCACUCACAUUUAUCCAGAGUUUGUUGUUAGUUUCAAACUCUCCAAUGCUGAAGGGCAUUUGAUAGGAAGUGAGAUUAAUCAUGCUGUUUCAGGCGUCACUGCAUCUAUGUAUGGACUUCAGGGUCAUUUACCAAUGUUGUCAUCUGCUGGUGAAUUGGGGAGUAUUAAUCGUCAAAACUCAGAAUCAGGCAGGUCCCAAGAAAAUGAUCCUAGCCUGGGUUCAAGCACUUCAAAGACUCCUAAAUCCCCUUGGAUGCCUUUCCCAAUGUUGUUUGCUGAUAUCUCGAACAAAAUUCCUCGCACUGAUAUGGAGCAAGUUACUGAUCAUUAUGAGCUAUUCAGGGCAAAGAAGAUAACUCGUGAUGAUUUUGUCAAAAAGUUAAGAUUGAUAGUUGGAGAUAGUUUGUUGAGAUCAACAAUAACAGCUCUCCAAUGCAAGGUACCAAACAGGCAAGCUUUGGAGUUGGCAGGGCAGAACAUGAAGGGUCCUGGCAACCUUUGAGUUUGGUGGAGUUGUUCAUUUCGGUGAUUGUUACAUAAUGUGUCGACUUGACAUGAUUUGAUUCUUAGGUUUGCAUUUUGCUCUAAUGGUGUAAUUGCUAGGUGUCUCUGCUAGUUGAGGAUUUGGCUCUGCAUAAAACUAAAUCUGGAGACUUAUUUUUCAUGCCUAAGUGGCCGAUUAGGGCCCCCUAUCGUAGUUUUUUGUUGUUGCUUUCGAUGUGGACGAGUUGCGUUAUCAUAUACUAUAAUAAUUGUUGCCUUGGACUUGUAA